CGUACCCACAGCGACGCUUUGUCUAUCACGCGCUGCACUGUGCAUGCACAUUUUGCACCGUUUCCUGUCAGUCGCUAGGGGACCCAACUCUGUGCGAUGUCUCUGGUCUGUGUUGUGUCUGUGAGCACAGUCGGGCAGCAGUCGUCGCCACUGUGCGUCGCCGAAGAUGUUGCAGCAGCAGCAGCCUCUGACGGGCAAUGGGCCAUCCAACGGCCGGGGACUCGGCGUGAGUGGCCACCCCGGGAUGCACGCGCUCAACUCAGUUCACCAACCCUCCCAGCAUCGGCCCGACGGAGCGGAGUCGGGCCUCGAGGGUACAGAGAACGGACAUGAAACCCGCAGAGAUAUUGGGGACAUACUGCAGCAGAUAAUGACUAUCACCGACCAAAGUUUGGACGAGGCACAAGCAAAGAAACAUGCGCUCAACUGUCACCGAAUGAAACCCGCUUUGUUCAGCGUUUUGUGCGAGAUCAAGGAAAAAACUGGCCUUUCAAUGAGGAACACCCAGGAGGAGGAGCCUCAAGAUCCUCAGUUGGUGCGACUGGACAACAUGCUGCUGGCGGAGGGCGUAGCGGGGCCAGAGAAGGGUGGCGGGGCUGCUGCUGCUGUUUCUGCUGCCACCAGCUCUGGGGGGAUGUCACCUGACAGCUCUCUCGAGCACUCCGACUACAAAAGCAAGUUGAGCCAGAUUCGCAGUAUCUACCACACUGAGCUGGAGAAGUAUGAGCAGGCGUGCACAGAGUUCACCACCCAUGUGAUGAACCUGCUGAGGGAGCAGUCGCGCACACGGCCUGUGACUCCACGGGAGAUUGAGCGGAUGGUGGCUAUCAUCCACCGCAAAUUCAGUUCGAUCCAGACCCAGCUGAAGCAGAGCACCUGUGAGGCGGUCAUGAUACUGAGGUCCCGCUUUCUAGAUGCCAGACGCAAGAGGCGCAACUUCAGCAAACAGGCUACAGAGGUCCUCAAUGAGUAUUUUUACUCCCACUUGUCUAACCCAUAUCCCAGUGAAGAAGCCAAAGAGGAACUUGCCAAACAGUGUGGUAUCACCGUCUCUCAGGUCUCCAACUGGUUUGGCAACAAGAGAAUCCGCUACAAGAAAAACAUUGGCAAGUUCCAAGAGGAAGCCAAUCUCUACGCCAUGAAAACAGCCUUGGGAGCUAGACAGGGCGAUGAUUCCCCACACACUCCCAAUUCCACAGGGUCAGGGUCCUUCUCUCUGUCCGGAUCAGCUGACCUGUUCCUCGGGGUUCCACCUGUGAAUGGUGAACAGUCUGCCUACCAAAUGGGAGUGCAGGCUAACGGAAACUGGCAGGGUCGAAACUCACCCCCGUCUGGCACCUCGCCUCAUAGCGACCAGUCAGAAAACUCUGACUGAUGGCCCCACCCACUGACACAGAACGACAGCGACGGAAAGAUUGAUGACGGAAAAAGACCGAAAGAAUGAUAUCGCACUUCCCACUUGGCUGCAGUUGUUUUUGUAUAUUGUUUGUUUGGUUUGGUUAUUUUAAGUGUAAGUUGUCUUUUUUUCUUCUUCUUUUUUUCUUCUUUUCUUAGCGCUCAGCGUUGGUCAUUAUGUUUGUCUGAUUAGCUGAGUGCACAGAUGAUAGAGUGAACGUGUGUCGUGUGCAUGCUGGCGUGGUUUUCUCAUUGGGGUUGUAGGGUUUAUUUUCCACUACUUUUGACAUGUUACUGAGAUCUGUUUGUGGUUGGGAGGGGGGGGAAAUGCGACUGUAUCAUGAUUGUUUUAACACACUAUAUCAUUAUUAUUAAUAUUAUUACUUUCAAUAUUAGUGCUACAGCUAUUUUCUUUUAACAGUUCAUAAAGAGAGAUAGCAUUUAGUGAAUGAGAGGGCAAUAGAGAAAAAUCCAAAGACUCCGUGUGUUUGUUUCUCUGUUUUGUUUUGUUUUCUACUGGGCUUAUGUGUCCAUGUAAAGUGAAUGAGGUGUGCCUGAGUCCAUAUUAAUGGUUUGAAUGAGUGUAUCAACAGUGCUGUCUUUUUUUCUGUACAGUGAAACACCUGUAUCCUCUCUCUACCUCUUUUACAAUAAAGACUCUCUGUAUUCACAAGCA